AGUCGCCGGUGUACUUCUAUACAAUAUGGCGGACUUCGAUACAUGUGUGGAGUAUGCGAAAACACAAAUCUAUUUUCAACAUCAUCUGAAGGAAAAGCAGCUUGAUACGCUUCGAAAUUUAUAUGAAGGACGCGAUGUCGUGAGUGUUCUCCCUACUGGCUAUGGUAAAAGUGUUAUUUUCCAGUUGCUGCCCUGGAUGUUCCAGCGAAAGCAUAACUCUGCAACGCCUUAUAUUGUCCUGAUAAUUUGCCCAUUGAACAGCAUUAUGGAGGACCAAGUGAUGGGGUUACGAGAAAAGGGAAUAUCUGCAUGCUAUAUGUCGGGUGCAUCAAGCAAAACAUUUAUGACGGAGGGGGAGUUUGACGAUGACAAUUCCGAAGACAUUAACCCUGACGAAGACGGAAUUUUUGAAUUGACGAUAAAAGACGUUUCAUUUAAAGACAUAGCGGACGGAAAAUACAAUAUCAUAUAUGCCCACCCAGAAUCCGCCCUCUGCAAGAGAAUACAUUCUGUUUUAAGAUCGCCUUUAUACCAGGACAAGAUAUGUAGUGUUGUUAUAGAUGAAGUUCACAUGAUCUCGGAAUGGUAG